AUGAACCUCUAUGAUUCUAGAAUGACUAUCUUAGAAAAUCUUUUACCUCAAGCUGUACCAACGGAGCAAAUUAAGUUAAAAAUUCAACACAAUUUGACGAAAAUAGAAAACUUUAAAUUACGUGAAAAACGAGAUGGUAAUUCCACAAAAAUUACUAAAGAAAUCAUCAGGAAGGAGUGCAAGGGCUACAGAGCCAAGAAGAAAAGAGUAGCUACCUUAUACGAGUGCAAAGGAUGUGAUGCAUCCCCAGGAUAUUGUACAGCAUGUUUUAGCAAUGUCCACUCUUAA